AUGACUUUAAAGGCCAAAAGAGCCCGAAAGAAGACAGCAUCAAAUUGGGCGGUUAUUAACGGCGAAAAAGUUCCACGUCCAUGGCUUGUUUACUCAGUUAGUAAAGGAUCGGUAUUCUGUGCAGCAUGUCUUCUUUUUGAUGUUGACUGUUCAUUUAAUGGUGAAACCGGAUUUAAUGAUUGGAAACAUGCAGGCGUUCGUGUUAAUGAGCAUGAAAACUCUAAAAAUCAUAAAAAAUGCAUGUUAACACAAGCAAAGAUCUUAUUGGAGAUUUUCAACAGGGAUAUUAAGAAUAGAAUAGACCAUGACUUAGUUAUUCAAACAGAGACAGAAAUCUCGUAUUGGAGAAAUGUUUUAAGAAGAGUAGUGGCUGCCACUAAAACCCUAGCUUCUCGAGGACUUCCAUUCCGAGGUAGUAAUGAGAAAUUUGGCUCACCAAACAAUGGCAACUUUUUGAUGCUGAUAGAAUUUCUUUCUUCUUUUGACCCAUUUCUCGAAGAAUAUAUUAGAAAAUUUGGAAAUAAAGGAUCUGGCAGUACAAGUUACUUAUCCAAAACUGUCUAUGAAGAAUUUAUCCAGCUUUUAGCACAAAAGGUAUCCGCUAUCAUUGUUCAAGAAGUAAAAUCAGCGAAAUAUUACGCAAUUAUAGUAGAUUCCACAUCUGACAUAUCUCACGUAGACCAACUUUCUUUUGUUAUCAGAUAUGUGAAAAAAGAUGGAACCCCUGUUGAACGUUUUCUCAUGUUUAUUGAGAACUCUGGACAUAAAGCGGAAGAUUUGCUAGUUGCCGUAUUAUCUGUUCUUGAGUUUUUUUAUUUUGAUCUCGCAGAUUGUCGAAGUCAGUCAUAUGAUAACGCGAAUAAUGUAUCAGGGAUUUAUUCGGGCUUACAGGCAAGAAUUCAUGAAAUUAAUCAUCUUGCAGAACAUGCUCCUUGUGCUGCUCAUUCUAUGAAUUUAGUUGGAGUUCACGCAGUAGAAUGCGCCCCAGAAGCUGCGUCAUUCUUUAAUACAGUACAAACUUUAUACAACUUCUUUACUGCAUCGACGCAUCACUGGGAAGUCUUACAGUCUCAUACUGAAAAAAGAAUUGCGUUAAAAUCUUUAUCUGCAACCAGAUGGUCAGCUCGUUAUGAAGCGGUUCAAGUACUUAAUCAACAUUUUGUUGAAAUAAUUGAAACUUUGAUUAUUCUUGAAGAAGAUAUCGAAGAAAAUGCAAUUACACGGCAAGAAGUUAAAGUUUCCAGACAAAGAAAGAGAAAAUUACAUGCUGAUGAAACACGAGAUGGAGAUGUGCAGCUGUCAGGUCGAGACCAGUUUAGAGUUAAUACUUUUAACGUCAUUCUUGACAAUCUGGGAUCUGAAUUGCGUAAAAGAUGUACAGCAUAUGAAAAGAUUCAAGAAAAAUUCUCGGUUAUCAUUGAAUUUGGUGAUUUAGAUAAUAGGGAAAUUCGUAAACGAGCUAAACGUUUAAGAGAAAUAUAUUGUUCAGAUCUUGAGUCCUCACUAGAAGACGAAUUUGUGCACUCCAUGCUCAUUGCACCGAAAAAAAGAUGGAAAAAAAUUCACCUUCUGAUCUUCUGA